AUGGCUUCAUUACAAAUACCCGAAUUUCUAAGCAGCCCACAAAUUGCCCGAAAAAUUCCCGAUUUUGAAAAAUAUCAUCGUCAAAGAUCACAAACAUCACCACGAAACGGAAAACCGUGUAUAGCAUUUAAUCCACCAGAUCCAAAUAUGUCAGACAUCAAACUCGCCCCUUUUAACAUUCACACCACCCCUUAUAAAACCAUUCAUGGUGUUGACAUUCCCGCACACAUCUUAAUCCCCAAAUCUCUUGCCUCAAAUUCCCAACCCGGAAGUAGAAAAUACCCCGUCCUCGUCCGCUUCCACGGAGGCUACCUAGUCUCCGGGUCCGCACUAUACACCGAAUGGCUUCCACCCUGGUGUAUCGACUUUGCACUCCAAAACUCCGCGAUCCUAAUCAUGCCCGAUUACAGACUUUUGCCUGAAGCGACGGGUCAGGAUAUUCUAGAAGAUCUGAGGGAUUUCUGGGCGUGGUUUGCGGGUUCCGAGAGCACUGGUUUGCUGGCUUAUCUUAAGUCGCUUGAUGCGGGUGUAGAUGUGGAUUUUGAAAAAGUGGCGGUUUUUGGGGAGAGUGCUGGGGGUUAUUUGGCCAUUAGGAGUUCGCUUCUACCACGGAAUAGCUGGGGUAAUGCUUUUAAAGGAUGUAAAGCGGUUAUUGCUUCGUAUCCUAUGACGUUGCUUAGGAAGGAUUGGUAUUCCGUUGCUAGUGAGACUAGAAGUCCGUUUGGGGCGCCGCAGUUAGAUGAGGGGGUUUUGGAUGCCCAUAUUGAGGGGUUUGAGAAGGGGGAUGGUUCAAAAGUGGUGGUUAGUGCGGAGCCGCCGGCGAGAUUGGAUCUUGCGAUAGCGAUGGUGCAGAAGGGAAGGUGGACAGGGGUUUUUGAGAGGGCCGGGGGAGAGGGGCUUUGGUUGGAGGAUGUGGUUGGGGAGUUUGGUGGGGGCGAUCCUGAAGGGGGGAAAGGUGCGUAUCAUCUUGCUUUUCAUGGUAUGGGUGAUUCGGCCGUGCCAUGGGAGGAUACGAAAGAGUGGGUUGAUAUUUGGGCGGAGAAAUUUGGUGAGGACAGGGUGAAGGGGGUUUGGAGGGUGGGGAUGGAACAUGGGUUUGAUAAUGCUAUUGAUUUGAAGGAUGCGGAGGGGAAGUGGUUGAAGGAGGAAUUGGAGGUGGUUAGGAGGGAGUGGUUGGGGGCCUAG